AUGCCGAUCCACGUCGGCGGCACGCCCAUCGGCGCGCGUACCAUCUUCGUCGCCCUGCUCGCCAGCAUGGGCGGCUUCCUCUUCGGCUACGACAGCGGACAGAUCUCGGGCAUCCAGGAGAUGCCGCGCUUCAUCGAGGCCUUCUCCACCGAGCCCGGCCCGCGCGUGACGUGGCCUGACAUUGCACAGUUCAACUCCUGGCUGCUCGGCCUCAUCGUCUCGUCGCUCAGCAUCGGCACGUUCAUCGGCGUGCUGCUCGGCGCGCCGCUGGCCGACCGGCUGGGCCGCCGCGCGGCCAUGAGCAUCGAGACGCUCGUGUUCAGCCUCGGCGUCGUCAUCCAGGUCACCGCCUUCGAGGCGUGGUGGCAGGUGGCCAUCGGCCGCGGCGUCUCGGGCCUCGGCGUCGGCGCGCUGUCGGCCGUGGUGCCCGUGUACAUGGGCGAGACGGUGCCGAGCCAGCUGCGCGGCAGCUGCGUGGCGUGCUACCAGCUGUUCAUCACCCUCGGCAUCCUCGUGUCCAACCUGAUCAACCUCGGCACGCGCGAGAUCAGCAGCAGCGCCAGCUGGCGCCUGCCGAUCGUCAUCGGCAUCCCCUUCGCCGCGAUCCUGGGCCUGGGCAUCUGGCUGUGCCCCGAGAGCCCGCGCUGGCUCGUGUCGCGCGGGCGCAACGACCAGGCCUACGCCGGCCUGUCCGUCAUGCGCGGCCUCACCAAGGGCACCGCUGACGCCUGGGUCGAGGCCGACUACGCCGCCAUCAUUACGGCGCACGAGAAGGACAGCAAGAUGCGCCCCGCCGGCUGGCUCGACUGCUUCCGCGUCGAGAACAAGACGCUGCACCGCACGCUGCUCGGCAUCAUGGUGCAGGCGCUCCAGCAGCUCACCGGCGCCAACUUCUUCUUCUACUUUGGCCCCACGAUCUUCCAGGGCGUCGGCGUGGCGGACCCCUUCGUCGUGGCCGUGAUCCUCGGCGCCAUCAACGUGUUCUGCACGUUCCUCGGCCUCUACGCGCUCGAGCGCUUCGGCCGCCGCAUCCCGCUCAUCGUUGGCGCCGCCGGCAUGGCCGUCUGGCUCAUUGUCUUUGCCACGGCCGGCACCGUCGGCGACCCGAGCUCGCGUCCGAUCGGCACGCUCCUUAUCGUCGCGGCGUCUUUCUUCAUCCUGUUCUACGCCUCCACGUGGGCCCCUGGCGCCUGGCUCUUCAUCGGCGAAUCGUUCAGCGGCCGCACGCGUGCCAAGCAGGCCGCACUCGGUGCAGCUUCUAACUGGGCAUGGAACUUCAUGAUCUCCUUCUUCACGACGCCCAUCGUCUCGUCGAUCGACCUCGCGUACGGCUACGUCUUUGCCGGCUGCAUGGUCUUCGCCACCGUCUUCGCGUACUUCUUCGUGUACGAGACCAAGGAUCUGCAGAUCGAGCAGGUCGACGAGAUGUACAACGACCCGGCGGCCAAGCCGUGGAACUCGCGCAAGUGGGUGCCGGCCGGCUACACGGCGCGCAACCAGCUCAAGGAGGAGAAGAGCGACGUGCUGGCCGUCGAGGACCCGCAGCACGGCGAGUGGCGCUCCCAGCCCGACCCCGUCACGGGCGAGGAGCGCGACACGGUGCGCAAGCACAAGGAGACGCCGCAGCGCACCCAGGAUGCCUGA